AUGCAGUUGCUCAGUCUUCUGGAUCGAACAUUGUUCUACCGACACGAGAUUAGUCGCAAGCUGGUUCAAGCUAAGUGCUACGGUUCAAUCCGAGUCCAGGUAUCCCUCAUCGCUGGCACACUCCCGUCUGGCUUCCACAUCAGACUCCGGUUUCCGAACUUUCCAGGUCUCCGUCAACUCGAUUACCGAUGCUUGCUCUCCGGGUUGCCGCAACUGUUACUAUUCAUUCUGCUGUUAUCACCUGGUUUCAUUGAGGUCGUAGCCCCAUUUUCGAAGCCGCCGUUCUCCCACAUGGAUCUGUUUUCUUUACUACUGCUUUUGCAGUUCCUUUCCGCAUCCCAGGCCCAAACUCCAGGGAAAGUACAACAGGAGACUCCCCUGCCAUUUUCCAUAAAAGAAUGUGGAAAGGGAUCAGACUGCAAGGCUAUUUCUGGUAGCCUGACGAUUGACGCUAAUUGGCGUUGGACGCAUGAUGCAAAUGAACAGGGUACCAAGUGUUUUGAUGAUAAAGGCUGGACUUCAGCUUGCUCAGGCACUGGUGAUGAAUGUGCAGCAAAAUGUGUGAUUGAAGGUGCUGGAGAUUAUCCGAGUACAUACGGUGUCUCGGCUACAAAAGACUCUGUCACUCUGAAGUUCGUAACCAAGAAUAACAAUGGUGUCAAUGCCGGAUCUAGGAUGUAUCUCCUUGACAGUAGUGGAGAAAAGUACCAGAUGUUCAAGCUUAAGAACAAGCAAUUUGAAUUUGAUGUCGACGUCUCCCAACUUCAUUGUGGUGUCAAUGGAGCUCUAUACUUUACAGCCAUGGAACAGGAUGGUGGUCAGUCUACUCACUCUGGCAAUAAGGCGGGGGCAAAGUAUGGCACCGGUUACUGUGACGCCCAAUGUCCACAAGAUAUUAAAUGGAUAGAAGGAAAAGCUAAUAACAAGGGCUGGAAGCAAGGGGAAGGAGAUGUUGGAAAAGGUUCCAUGGGAUCUUGCUGUCCAGAAAUGGAUGUUUGGGAAGCCAACUCAAUUGCGCAGGCUUUCACCACGCACACCUGCCAGUCCGUGAAACCGACAGCUUGUACUGGUGAUCAAUGUGGAGGUACCGCUGCAAACCGAUACAACGGACUUUGCGACAAAGAUGGUUGUGAUUUUGCUUCUUAUCGCUGGGGUGCUACAGAAUUCUAUGGUCAAGGCAAGAAGGUGGAUACCAGCAAACCGUUCACGGUGAUCACGCAAUUUGUUACCAGCGACAAAACCGAUAAUGGAGAACUCACAGAAAUCCAUCGAAUAUAUAAACAAGGCAACAACGUCAUCAAGAACGAACCGGUCAAGGUCGACGGACUUGGAAAGGCCGAUUUGUUGUCAGACAAGUUUUGUGCUGCAAAUAAGAAAAUGACUGGAGAUCAAAAUGACUUUGAGAAAAAGGGCGGCAUGAAGAGAAUGGGAGAAGCAAUGAGCCAAGGAAUGGUUCUUGUCAUGAGUAUAUGGGACGAUGGAGAAGCCAAGAUGCAGUGGCUUGAUGGCACCUACCCCCCUGGUAAGCCUGCAGAUAAAUAUGGUGUCAAACGGGGAACUUGUGAUGCAAACACUGGCGUCCCAGAAACUACCCGAGAACUAUUUGGAAAUGACCAGGUCAUCUUUUCGAACAUCAAGAUUAGGCCAAUUGAGACCACAUCAGAAGAAACACCUGCACCCAAACAGAAACGAUCCACCUUCCACAUCUAG